UCUCUCUCUCUCCCUCUCUCUCUCUCUCAGGUUCCUUCGGGCGAACCGGCGGCAGCUGCAGCAGGAGGAAGAAAAUGGGCAAGUGCCGUGGGCUUCGGACAGCCAGGAAGCUGCGCAGUCAUCGCCGAGACCAGAAAUGGCAUGACAAACAAUACAAGAAGGCACAUCUGGGUACUGCUUUGAAAGCCAACCCUUUUGGGGGAGCUUCCCAUGCCAAAGGAAUUGUCUUGGAAAAAGUUGGUGUUGAAGCUAAGCAGCCAAAUUCUGCCAUCAGGAAGUGUGUCCGAGUUCAGCUCAUCAAGAAUGGAAAGAAAAUAACAGCCUUUGUUCCUAAUGAUGGUUGUCUGAACUUCAUUGAGGAGAACGAUGAAGUCCUGGUUGCUGGGUUUGGUCGGAAAGGGCAUGCUGUUGGUGACAUUCCAGGAGUUCGUUUCAAGGUCGUCAAAGUAGCAAAUGUUUCUCUGUUAGCAUUGUACAAAGGCAAGAAAGAGAGACCAAGAUCUUAAUAUUUGUUGCUGCAUUCAGCUAUAAUAAAACUUCUCAUUUGA